UGAUGAAAAACUCAGAAAUAAUAAAACUUCCAUUAAGUCUAUAAUUCAUUUUGAGUCUUACCAUAAAGCUUCGGUAAUGGCAGUACAACUGACAAUUUGUAAGGAUAAGGCAGCAAUCGCUGCUUUGCUGUGUGCGGAAUACCUGAAGAAGUCAGAUGUCACAUGGCAGUUUGGCAAGUCGAAUGAUCUUAGUUUAAAUGGGUCAAGUAUGUUUGUGAGCACUGCCUCCAUGUGUCGGUACCUUGGACGACUCUACCCAGAGGGCAAAUUACUUGGAGAAUCUGUAUUAGAGAGAACAGAGGUUGACCAUUGGUUCAGUUUUGCUUGGGGUCAGCUGGCUUGCAGUUCAAGUUUUAACUCAGCUUUACAAUACCUGGACAGUGUGAUUGGACCCAUUACCUACUUAGUGGGACCUACCAUAACAGCUGCUGACUUUGCCAUUUGGGAAAACCUGUAUUCAAGUACAGCCUGGCAGACAUUAUUGAAGAAUGGUAAAGCACCUAUCAAUGUUAAAAGGUACUAUGAAUUCCUGUGUGCCCAAGAAGUAUUUCAACUUGUUCAGGCACAGAUAUCAAAGGCUGAGACUAAAGCGUCGCCAGAAAAGAGAGGGGAAUCAUCUGUUAAAAAAGAUGUGGGCAAGUUUAUAGAUCUACCAGGUGCUGAGAUGGGAAAGGUUGUUGUUAGGUUCCCACCAGAGGCCAGUGGGUAUUUGCACAUUGGUCAUGCUAAAGCAGCCCUGUUAAAUCAGUAUUAUCAACAAAACUUUAAGGGUACAUUGAUAAUGAGGUUUGAUGAUACAAAUCCAGCGAAAGAAAAUGAAGAGUUUGAGAAGGUAAUCCUUGAUGAUGUAGCCAUGUUGGGUAUCAAGUAUGACCGAUUUACUCACACAUCAGAUCACUUUGACCGUCUGCUGGAACUAUGUGAAAAAAUGAUAAGAGAUGGUAAAGCUUUUGUAGAUGACACUGAUCCAGAAAAAAUGAAGAAGGAGCGAGAAGAGAGAGUGGAUUCAAAAAAUAGAAAUAACAGUGUAGAAAAGAACUUGUCAAUGUGGGAGGAGAUGAAGAAAGGUUCUACUGUGGGCCAGACAUGCUGUGUAAGGGCUAAGAUAGACAUGAAAUCGGACAAUGGUUGUUUGAGGGAUCCAACCAUGUACAGGUGUAAAAAUGAAAGUCAUGUUCGCACUGGUACUAAAUACAAGGCCUAUCCCACCUAUGAUUUUGCAUGUCCUAUAGUUGACAGUGUUGAAGGUGUUACCCAUGCUAUGAGGACUACUGAAUAUCUGGAUAGAGACCAUCAAUACAUGUGGUUCUUGGAUGCCUUAGGACUUAGAAAACCUUAUAUCUACUCUUACAGUAGAUUGAAUCUGCAAAAUACAGUACUGUCAAAGAGGAAACUGACCUGGUUUGUUGAUUCUGGCAAGGUGGAUGGAUGGGAUGAUCCAAGAUUUCCAACUGUAAGAGGUGUGCUUAGGAGAGGUAUGACUGUAGAAGGGUUAAAGCAGUUUAUAGUUGCUCAGGGUUCGUCCAAGUCAGUUAAUAUGAUGGAAUGGGACAAAAUAUGGUCUGUUAACAAAAAGGUAAUAGAUCCAGUUGUUCCACGUUACACAGCUCUGCUAAAGGAGGAGUUAGUGACCGUCAAUGUGAAAGGAGCGACACAAGGAUCAAAAGAAGUAGCCAAGCAUCCUAAGAAUGAAGAAGCUGGUACUAAAGUUAUCCACUACUCCUCCAAGUUGUAUAUUGAUGGGGCAGAUGCUUCAGUGAUCAGCGAAGGAGAAAUUGUUACCUUCAUAAACUGGGGAAACCUUCGUAUUGUUAAGAUAAACAAAUCAGGUGAUAAGAUUACUUCUAUAGAUGCUGAGCUUAACCUAGAGAAUACAGACUAUAAGAAAACUCAAAAGAUAACCUGGUUAGGGGAGACAACUGUGGCCCAGUUUACACCAACAGUAUGCGUGCACUACGAUCAUAUCAUAACUAAAGCAAUCUUGGGUAAAGAGGAGGACUUCAAGGAAUAUGUGAACGAAAACUCAAAGGCUGAGUUAACAAUGUUAGGGGAUCCUUGCUUGGCUUCCUUGAAGAAAGGGGAUAUAAUUCAGUUACAAAGGAGAGGAUAUUAUAUCUGUGACCAACCAUAUCAGCCAGUCAGUCGAUACACUGGUAAAGAGAGUCCAUGUGUACUUUUCCUGAUACCUGAUGGUCAUACAAAGGAGAUGCCAACUUCAGGAUCCAAACACAAAGAAGAGGCUAGCAAAAAAGAGAAGGCUCAGAGUAAGAAAGGUAAAGCAGCAGAGAAAUCUCCCCAGGAUGAGCAACCACCAACACAGCCAGGGGGAGCUAAUGCUGACCAGCUUAAUGAUCAGCUUGUUGUUCAGGGAAACAAGGUUCGAGAUAUGAAAGCUGCCAAAGCUGCCAAGGCUGAUAUUGAUGCAGCUGUAAAAACCUUAUUAUCACUAAAGGCAGACUAUAAGACUGCUACAGGUAAAGAUUGGAAACCAGGUCAACAUGUAGCAAGUUCUCCCAGUAAAACUGCAGCUAGUGCGCCCUCUGGUGGUGGAAAUGCUGAUGACUUAAAUGAGAAUAUAGUUGCCCAGGGUGAUACAGUGAGAGAUCUCAAAGCUAAGAAAGCUUCAAAGACUGACAUUGAUGCAGCUGUAAAAACAUUACUACUACUAAAGGCAGACUAUAAGACAGCUACAGGUAAAGAUUGGAAACCAGGUCAACAUGCAGCAAGUGCUCCUAGUAAACCUGCAGCCAAUGCGCCCUCUAGUGGUGGAAAUGCUGAUGACAUAAAUGAGAAGAUAGUUGCUCAGGGUGAUACAGUGAGAGAUCUCAAAGCCAAGAAAGCACCAAAGACUGACAUUGAUGCAGCUGUAAAAACAUUACUGUCAUUAAAGGCAGACUAUAAGACUGCUACAGGUAAAGAUUGGAAACCAGGUCAACAUGCAGCAAGUUCUCCCAGUAAAACUGCAGCUAGUGCACCCUCUGGUGGUGGAAAUGCUGAUGACAUAAAUGAGAAGAUAGUUGCCCAGGGUGAUACAGUGAGAGAUCUCAAAGCUAAGAAAGCUGCAAAGGCUGACAUUGAUGCAGCUGUAAAAAUGUUACUGUCACUAAAGGCAGACUAUAAGACUGCUACAGGUAAAGAUUGGAAACCAGGUCAACAUGAAGCAAGUGCUCCCAGUAAACCUGCGACCAGUUCGCCCUCUGGUGGUGGAAAUGCUGAUGACAUAAAUGAGAAGAUAGUUGCCCAGGGUAAUGCAGUGAGGGAUCUGAAAGCCAAGAAAGCUGCCAAGAAUGAGGUAGAUGUUGCAGUGAAGACACUUUUAGCUCUGAAAGCCGAGUACAAGUCUGCAACAGGCAAGGACUGGAAACCAGGUUGUCAUAUUGCUGGUUCCAAGCCAGCAGGUGACAGUAACAAGACCGUUAAACAGGAGAGUAAUCAGAGUCAGGUGAUCGAUGACCUUAACAACAAGAUAACAGCACAGGGCAACAAGAUCAGGGACCUGAAGAGUGGUAAAGCACCAAAGGACCAGGUUGAUGCUGAGGUGAAGGUUUUGUUGAGUCUGAAAGCCGAGUACAAGACAGCAGCAGGAAAGGACUGGAAACCAGGACAGGUCAGCGCAGCCCCUCCCAAGUUAGAAACUCAAACCCAGGACAGCGGAGAAUCGGAAAGCAUGGCAGAUUCCGCUGCUGCAUUAGAUCUGAAAGCUAAAAUAGAUGCACAGGGCACUAAAGUUAGAGAUAUAAAAGCUGCAAAAGCAGCUAAGGAUGAAAUUGCGCUGAAGAAACAUUACAAGGAUCUGACAGGGGAAGAUCUUGCUGCAGGUGGUGGAAGGAAAGACAAGAAAGAUAAGAAGGCAAACAAAGAAAACAAACCAGAAGUAAAGAAAGAGAAAGCAGAAAAAUCACAGCAGAAACAAUCACAGGCCGAUGAUGGUUCAAGAGAAGUUAAGAAACAGACAAGACUGGGUCUAGAGGCCAAAAAGGAAGAGAAUUUAUCAGACUGGUACUCACAGAUUAUUACAAAAGCUGAGAUGAUAGAAUAUUAUGAUGUCAGUGGCUGUUACAUUCUCCGCCCCUGGUCAUAUUCUAUAUGGGAAGUGCUUAAGGAGUUUUUUGAUACAGAAAUCAAGAAAUUGGGUGUGGAGAACACAUACUUCCCGAUGUUUGUUUCAAAUGCAGCCUUGGAGAGGGAGAAAACUCAUAUAGAGGAUUUUGCUCCAGAGGUUGCCUGGGUAACGAGGUCGGGUAAAUCUGACCUAGCAGAACCUAUAGCCAUACGUCCUACCAGUGAGACAGUCAUUUAUCCAUCCUAUGCUAAAUGGAUCAAGUCCCACAGAGAUUUACCACUUAAACUGAACCAAUGGUGUAAUCUUGUAAGAUGGGAAUUCAAACAUCCACAACCAUUUUUAAGAACACGAGAAUUUCUGUGGCAGGAGGGUCAUACAGCUUGGGCCAACAAGGACGAGGCUUGCGAGGAGGUUUACACAAUACUGGAGUUAUAUGCCAGGGUGUAUGAGGAAUAUUUUGCUAUCCCAGUGGUUAGAGGUAGAAAGACAGAGAAAGAAAAGUUUGCUGGUGGAGAUUUUACAACAACUGUGGAGGCUUACAUAUCAGCCAGUGGUAGGGCUAUCCAGGGAGCCACCUCACACCAUUUAGGACAAAACUUCUCUAAGAUGUUCGAUAUUGUAUACGAGGAUCCAGAAACACGUGAGAAAAAGUUUGUGUACCAGAAUCCCUGGGGUAUUACUACAAGAACUAUAGGUGUAAUGUGUAUGGUGCAUGGAGACAACCAAGGUCUAGUGCUGCCACCUAGGGUUGCUUGUUUACAGGCUGUUAUUGUGCCAUGUGGUAUCACUGCCAAUUUAUCACAGGGAGAUAAUGACAAACUGAUGGAUGCGUGUGUGGCUUUUAAGAAGACGCUUGCACAGGGUGGAGUCAGAGUGAAAGAAGAUCUUAGGGAUAACUAUUCACCAGGGUGGAAGUUCAAUCAUUGGGAACUGAAGGGAGUACCAUUGCGUAUAGAAUUAGGUCCAAGAGAUCUAAAACAAAAUCAAAUGGUAGUUGUACGUCGAGACACCGGGGAGAAGUUAACACUGAAAAAUGAAAAUAUUUUACAGCAAAUCAAAGAUCUACUAGAAAAAAUGCAACAGUCUUUGUUUGACAAAGCCAAGCAGGAUCUUGAUGCCUAUAUGACAGUGUCACAUGACUGGGAGGUGUUUUGUAAUGGUCUGGACCAGAAGAAACUUAUACAAGCUCCAUUCUGCGGAGAAAUCCCAUGCGAAGAUGCCAUCAAAAAAGAUAGUGCCAGAGAUGUGGUGGUAGAGGAAGGGGCACCAGCUAUGGGAGCCAAGGGCUUAUGUAUACCAUUCAAACACCCGGAAGAAUUGAAAAAGGGAGCCAAAUGUAUUCAUCCAGACUGUGGAAAAGAGGCCAAAUAUUUCACCUUGUUUGGACGAAGUUAUUAAAGACAAUUGACAAUAAGUGGAUAUAAAAUGAGUGUUUGAUAUACACUGUUUAUGAAUUAAGAUAAUGAAUCUUUUAAGAAACAUUUGCUAGAUUUGUAAGUAAUAACUACUUUCAAAAUAUUUCAAAAUAUAACAUUGUGAGCUUUCAAGUUGUUGUCACAAAGAACACAGUAUAGUGUAAGUUAGUGUUCAGUGAAAUCAUGUCUUGUUACACCUAUAUUUAUUGGUUAGUGCAAUUUUACGAAAAAAAUAGUCCUAAAAUAAAAGCACAAGAAAUGAAAA